CGCUCCUCGUGCGUUUCGUCGCGAUCGUGUUCGCCUACGCGAAGUUAUCGAUCGUCGAGAUGUCCAUCCGGAUUUCCAUCACGUUGCUGGUCCUCUUCGCAGUGUCCUCGAUCGCCGAAGAGUUUGAGGACCAUUUCCAAGAUUGCCAUCCAAACGUGGCCGGUUUCGACGCGUGUGUUCGAGAGGCGUUAAACGAGAUUCGACCCUACUUUAAAACUGGCCUUUCGAAGUACAAUGUGGGGCCUUUUGAUCCAUUUUACGCGAAAGAAGUGUCCGUGUCACGUGGAAUGCCCAGCUUCGGCUUCACCUUAACACUGAGGAACGUCACCGAGAGCGGAUGGACAGCCAGCAAAGUGACGAAAUUCGUCAGUGACUUGUCGAACUACAAGGUGGUGUACACCCAGAGUUUUCCAGCCAAGUUCUUAUCAGGCAUGUACGAGUUCAAAGGAUCAAUGUUGGGUUCCAGUAUGAGUAACAAAGGAAAAUUCACUUUGGCUCUUUACGAUCUUAUUCAAACAACGACCAUAACCAAAAAACCUGGACAAAAGAUCGAAGUCAGCGUGGACGUGCAAACGAUCAGAGACUUAAAGCUGCACAUCACGAAUUUAUUGUUCGGACGUCAGGUUCUCGAGAAUGUCCUCGACAGGAUAAUAAAUGGCGCAUGGCAACCAGGCUUUGUGAUGACCAGGCGUUUAAUAAACGAUCUCGUCUCCAACGCGUUCACAGAGAUCUUCGGGAACGCGUUCCGCAAUUUUCCCUUCGAAAAAAUCAUUAAACCGAAACCCAAUACGAGUUAA